UAAUUUCCAAUAUCCUUUUUAUAUUUUGUCUUUGCAUGGCACUGCUUUGUUCUGACUUCAUUGUUUCAAUUCCAUGGACAAGAACAAGAAAGUUGAACAAAACAAAGUACAAAACACUGUUGCCAAAGUAAUAAUUGUAGAAUUCAAAGUUUCCAUGUACUGCAAUGCAUGUGAAAGAACCGUUGCCAAAGUCAUCUCCAAGUGUAAAGGAGUGGAAAAGUUCAUUACAGACAUGAACAAACACCGGGUGGUGGUAACGGGUCGGAUUGAUCCAAAGGAAGUGUUGAAAAAACUAAAGAAAAAAACGGGUAAGAAAGUGGAGAUUAUUCCUAAUAAGGAUGAGGAGCCAAGGGAAGAAUCUCAUGAAAGGGAUCAACUUGUUCUAAUGCAUCAGUUCCAACUUGAAAAUGAUUGUUGCAUGAAGACCCAAACCAUGAUGAUGUUCAGUGAUGAGAACCCAAAUGCAUGUGCACUAAUGUAA